AUGGGCUUUAUUGAAGAAUUUAAAUCCAAAAACUUUUCUAUCUAUGCCCAAUGGCUUGGUCUUUUAUCGCUACCUCUUCUUUUCUUUACCGGUAUCUUUGCCUUCGUAAAGGGUUUUAUAUUUUCUAUUUUUGCUUGGAUUUUAUGCUUUAUUCUUAUAUUCGUUGAAAUACCUCUAUGCAUAAAGGUUUGUCCAACAAGUGAUAGAUUUGAUUCUUUUAUCAAAAACUUCGAGAACCAUUGGAUUCGUACCGUCGGAUAUUUAGUGUUUGCUACCUUGUUGUUCGUGUUUGCUCAUUUUGCGACAACCUUAUAUGUUAUUCCUGGGAUUACAUUACUUUUAACUGGCAUUUGCUAUGCGAUUGCUGGUGGACUACGUCAACAACAUGCUGCUAGCUCCUUUACGGGUGGUGAUUCCGUGUAG